UUUCAGCAAAGACGCGUGUAUUGUUGGUUGACUUAUUUAACGACAUUAUGGAAGAAGAUUAUUCCACAUAUCAUUCUUACAAAUCUUAAUACGAUUGACCCCUUAGGCAUCAGUUGCAUGGUGUAAAUUCAGUUAGUUGUUUGUAUGAUUAGCCGGCGUACGUAGGCGCUCUUAAUGUUUUCUGCUUUUUGAGUGUUCGAAGUUUUGGUGGUUUUGUUGGGACUGUAGACCGAGUGGAAUUAUAAACUCACGAUUUGCAAUUUCGGAAAAUAUAUCGGCUAAUGUGACUUCUGCUUUGGAAGUGAUUGCUUCAUAACUUCCCCGGCAGUCACAUAUUACUGAGGCGUCAACUUUUUCAUGAAACCACUGCAACUGUCUAAUGAAAAUUUAUCAUCUGAAUUCUCACAGUCGAACACGUUGGAGUCAGAUUCAACAGAUUGUUACGGUGUAAAUGUUUACGAAUUUCAAGAAGGAGAAGAUCUCUAUGGUCCUCGUACGCGUGGGUAUCAGAAACCGAAACAUAUGUGGAUGGCUAAAGACCAAGCCCUGACAAAUAUAAAGCCAAGUAGUUCUCCUCUGGCGGCGACAACGUUAGACUUUGAAAUCGAUUGUUGUACUAACCAAGAAAGUCUCAAUCCUGUCGCAACUAAUCAUAUGAGAUGUCCAUCACCAAAUAAUCUAAUCUACAACAUGGGAUCACCGUCUACAUCUGGCAGUGUCCAGGGACUUUCGGCAGCCUUAUCAUCUUGUACUAAUACAAGCAGCAGUUUGUGUAGCCAUAAUUCCCCACUUAUUGGUCUAAAUGCAUCUGAGGUUACUAGCACUUGUACAAGUCCAAAUUUUAUUGAAAAUAAAACUGAAAAAUGUGUACCGCUAACAUGUGAAAUAAACUCGAAUGUUGUGAAAAUCAAAGUGAGUGCCAAAUCAGCUCCCAAGAAGCGAACCAUGGGGAAAGUUUCUGAAAACAAAUUUGAACUAGACCCUAGUAAUACUUCCUCAGUACCGGAUGCUAGUAACUCACAGUUGUCGAGUGAGAAGCAGUCUCAUACUCGUAGAAAUAGGCAACCUCAAGCUCGAAAUAGUCGGAAAUCUAAACGAAAGUCUGCUAGUGAAUUUUCGCCGACUUCUUUCCAUUCAGUCCCAAGCCCUAAUGUACCAACAGACAGUUGUCUAUCUGAAUCUCCUACUUUGGCUGUGACAGAAACAUCGAAUCAAGAAUAUUCUGGCUACACAUCUGUAUAUUCAAAGAGCUUGCCAUCUUCAUCGGCUUUUGUUUCUGGUGGACUAAAGAUUCGGCUACGUAGGGAUUCAGCUGUAGAUUUCACUGUUGGCAAAGGAAAGCGCGCUAAAAGUAAGACAGUUCCAGCAACUUUUCGCAUAGUGGAAUCAUGGUGUGACGCAGAUGCUCCAGGAGGAGAAUUUAGCAGACGAAUUCGAGGAGCUACCAGUAGUUCUACUUCCCCUACUUUCAGUUUGGUGUCAGGCGGUCUGCGCGUGGGUGAUAUUGUUUGGGCAAAACUUGCUGGUUAUCCUUAUUGGCCAUCACAGAUUAGUGCUAUUUGGGCUCGUACUGCUCAUCAACUUUCUCAGGCCACUUUACUUAAUACAUCGCAAUCUGUAGAUAACGGUGCAUCGUCUUUGGCUGUUCUUCAGACUCCUUCAGAUCCAAGUUUAGCAACUGGUUACACUGCUCGUGUUGAUUGGUUAGCUUGGGAUCAGUGUUCAUAUUUGAGCUGUGCUAAGUUGUAUCCUUUUAAGGAGUCCUUCGAUAAACUUUAUAAUCCAAGAACCAGGGUAAAAGGUUACGCAGAAGCUGUACGUCUUGCUAAGCAAAUUGUAAAUGGGACUUAUGUUCCCAAUGAGAAUACAGAUUCGCAGUUAUCCAAUAUGUCCCCACAAAAUAAAUCUCAGUCAUCAUUAACUGGACAGAUUUCAGCACCUCCAAGUACCGACAGUCAAUGGUCUUCUAUGACAACUCUUUCUUCUUCCUUAGAAAUCCCGACUUCAGGUACAACUAAUCAAAUUACUGACAAACAGAGUUUACCUUUACCGUCUGAUUUACUACCAGAUACUUUUAUGUCAUCUCAGUUAAAUCCACUGCCUGCUUCAUUAUCAAAUGUUUAUUCUACUACGGAUGGCGGAGGUAUACUCAAUUCAACAGAUGCAUUUUCAACUCAUAGUAAUAAUAAUAAUUCAUGUCCUAGAAUAGAUGAUAGAAACAUGGAACUACCUGAACUUGGAAAUAUUUCAAUGUGGGCGCCUCUUCCUCAGUUAGAUGUUUCAGGUCUUGGCGUUUUUCAUGUACCAACAUUUUCAGAAGAUGAAGAGGAUGACUUGGACACGUCUAUUGUCAAUCAGUUAAAAUUGGAUUUUGGUUCUUGUUUGCAAUAAUGAUUUCUAAAGAAAGAAAGAAAGACAAAUCGUGAUAUUUACAGAGAAAUCAUGCCCUAUUUAUUACUCACUUCCCAUUGUUUUUGUUAAUUCUUGUUGUUUUCUUCUCUCCUUGAUAUUUCUUUUCACGAUUGUGAUAGAUAUGUGUACUUUAUUAAUCUAUAGGAGAUAUUCUGGUGCCUACUUUAUACCUGUACUUAUCUAUUGAAUUGGAAGUUUUUCCCGUUUUUCAUGUUUUCAUAUACUCAAAUCUUGAUAGUGUUUUAUAAAAAUUGACCGUAAGUUCGUAUAUAUAUAUAUAUAUAUAUAUAUAUAUAUGCAGACAUAUGUGCUGUCACUUUGCAAUUUCGGAAUAUUUGUAUAUUUACUUAAGAAAUCACAACUGCACGUGUUGUCAGCGUUACAAUUUUUUUUUAAAAGUCCAUUCAAUACUAAACAGCAGACAUAUAAAUCUCGCCGAUUAUCAUCAUCUGCCCACAUAUUCAGGUAUAUAUUUAUAAUCUAAACAAUUGUGCAUUAUUAUUAUUACUAUCACUAUUAUUAUUAGCUCUCCUUUCUGUGGGCAUACACUUCGUCUGCGCAUAUGUGUGUUUAUAGAGGGUUUCAUUUCUACAGUAGUGUUUUCUACAAAAAUUCACCUCUAUUUAGAGACAAUUGAAUACACUGGUACACGCGAUAUUUUUUAUUGCUCAGAAUUUUUUUCCUUCUGUCUUUUCUGAGUAAUACAUGUGUAGUAAGUGAGUGAGUAGGGUAAGUGAUUUAAGUCACCUUUCAUCUGGUUCAUCAUUUUACACAGUGUUCGCCUGCCUCAUUUUGAUCGCUUUUGUCUUUUCUUGAAAAGGCAACUAUAAAUUAUAUCUAUAAUGCUCAUUUUCUGUGUAUAGAAAUUUUUUUUCUCAAAGUAAGAAAAAGGGUACAUGUAUACUUUCUGUAUUGUGUUAUAUAACUCUCUCUCUCUCUCUAUUUCUCCCGUAUUCCAGUUUGCUUUGAGAUCAUGAUCAACAUAAUUUAUCCAUAUUGUCUCCUUUUUUAUUAUUAAAGGCGCUCACUUGUUUCUUUUUUUGGAUCUCAAACCUUGGUGAUAUAUAUGUAUGUAUAUAUCACAAAAGAAACAAUUUAUGGAGUAUUCACUAACUUGUUCGUUGACUUUUGUUGUUGUCUUUUACAUCCGACGGCAUCAUUUGGCACGGU